AUGUCCUCCCCAGUUAUUGGUAUUUCCUUUGGUAACACUUCUUCUUCCAUUGCUUAUAUCAAUCCUAAGAAUGAUGUAGAUGUGAUUGCCAACCCAGAUGGUGAACGUUCUAUUCCAUCUGUUCUUUCUUAUGUUGGUGAAGAUGAGUAUCACGGUGGUCAAGCUUACCAACAACUAAUUAGAAACCCUAAAAACACUAUUGUCAAUUUCCGUGACUUCAUAGGUCUUCCCUUCGACCAAUGCGAUGUCUCCCGUUGUGAAAAUGGUGCCCCUGCCAUCAACAUAGAUGGUAAAGUUGGUUUUGCCAUAACUAGAGGUGAAGGUGUCAUUGAAAAGAUCACUGUUGAUGAAGUUAUUUCAAGACAUUUAAAUAGAUUAAAGUUAGCUGCAGAAGAUUACAUUGGCCAAUCUGUUAAAGAAGCUGUUAUCACUAUUCCAACUAAUUUCACCGAAGAACAAAGGGCCGCCCUAAGCCAAGCCGCAGCUAACAUUGGUUUACAAAUUGUUCAAUUCAUUAAUGAACCAUCUGCUGCCUUAUUGUCACAUUUUAGACAAUUCCCAAAUGAUAAAGAUCUUAAUGUCGUAGUUGCUGAUUUCGGUGGUGUUAGAUCUGAUGCCGCUGUUAUUGCUGUUCGUAACGAUAUAUUCACUAUUUUAGCUACCUCACAUGAUAACCAAUUAGGUGGUGACAACUUAGACUCUGAAUUGAUUGAAUAUUUUGCCAAAGAUUUCGAAAAGAAAACUAAAGCAAACCCAAGAAACAAUGCUCGUUCUAUGGCCAAAUUAAGAGCCAACGCUCAAGUUACCAAAAAGACCUUAUCCAACGCUACUUCUGCUACCAUUUCUAUUGAUUCCUUGGCUGAUGGUUUCGAUUACCAUGCUUCUAUUAACAGAAUGAGAUACGAGUUAACAGCCAACAAAGUCUUCUCUAAAUUCUCCCAAUUUAUUGAUGACGUUAUUGCCAAGGCUAAUAUGGACCCAUUAGACAUUGAUGCCGUCUUAUUAUCCGGUGGUGCUUCUUUCACUCCUAAGUUAUCUUCUAAUUUAGAAUUCUUAUUCCCAGAAUCAGUAGAAAUCUGGGGUCCAGCUAAUAAUAAUGCUACCAACAAUCCAAAUGAAUUGACUGCAUCCGGUGCCGCACUACAAGGUAGAUUAGUGUCUGAUUACGACGAAGAUGAAUUAAAGGAUGCUUUACAAGCAGUUGUCAUUAACACUUUACACUUACAAAAACCAAUUGGUUUAUUAAAUGCUGACAAUGAAUUUGUCCCAAUAUUCCCAGCUGAAACUUCUUAUCCUGUUCAAAAGAAAUUGACUUUCAAAGACGCUAAAGGUGAUUUAUUAAUUUCUGUCUAUGAAGGUGAAUCUUACAUUGAAGAAAAGACUAUUGAACCAACACCAGUAGAAGACAAGGAAGAACAAGAUGAUGAAGAUGAUGAAGAAUGGUCUGAUGAAAACGAUGAACCAGAAAUUGUUAGAGAAAAACACUAUAAGGCUACGCAAAAAUUAUUAGAUGUCGCUGUUAAAGGUGCCACCGCCGGCGUCGAAGUUUCUUUGAAUAUUAAUAGAGAUGGUGUUUUAAGAGUAGCUGCCAGAGAUUUAAAGACUGGUCAAACCGUUAAGAAUGAAGCUUAA